AUGACAACAAAAGAGAUAUUAGAUAAACAACAAAUAUUUAGCAGAGAUGAACUUGAGAAGUUGAAAAGAGAUGAAUUGGUUCAAUUAAGUGUUAAAUAUUCAUUAAAACAUAAUGGAUUAAGAAAAGAUGUUCUAAUCGAUUCAAUAUUGAAAUAUCAAGAACAUAUCAAUGAUAUCAAAUCAAAGUUGGUUACAAACAACCCAAUCGAACAAUAUCAUCGUGGAACUGUUGAAUAUCGAUUGCCAACACUGAUCAUUAAUAGAAUCAUUCGUGAUCUUUGGCAUGAAGAUAUCGACUUGUGUUUGAACACUGAUAAUCUACGUAGAAACUACCGAUGGUUACUCUCGAUUGCUCUCGUUUCCAAAGAGUUUUUCAAAUUGAUAUCAUCAUUGUUUAGCAGCUUCAAAACCAAACCUAACAACAGAAUCGAAAAUGCAGAUACAUUUUAUUUAGCACAUCAUCUUAGAAGUAGUGUUCUGAGUCCACAUUCAGUACUCAAGAAUAUCGGCGAUCUUACAAUAUCAAUUCAAGUGUUUAGUGCUAUCACCAAGAAAUCGGUCUGUGCUCCGAUCGAAUUAGGACUGAUCUUCAAUAAUGUCAGACGUUUCUGUAUGUCUAACGACAAUGGAAAUUGGAGACCAAGUCCAAUACAAGCACAACAAUGUAAAUCGAUCGUCCAAUAUAUGCCGAAUAUCGAAUCAUUGGUAUUCCUUCAGGCAUAUAUUGGUCUUGAUCUACUUCAAUCGAUAAAAACAUUGCCACGACUGACAUCACUCGACAUCUCCAAAUCAGAAUUCCCCAAAAUCGCACAAUUCACAUCAGAUCUACUAUCUCAUUCCAUCAAGAAGUUGAAACUACCAAUGAGAUACAAUAGUCCAUACAAGAGUAUACUUUCUGAUCAGCACCAACUUACAACGUUUGGAAUUGGAAGAAUCACUUUGGCACAAAUUCAAAUGAUAAGUGGUCACUUUAUGCAUUUCACCAAACUUAUUAUUAAAAAAUUAAAUGAAGAGAUGAUAGCCAAAUUCGAGAAACUGCUGUGUUUACCAGAUUGUAAAGUUCGCACUCUAAUCACAGACACCAUAUAUGUAUGGAUUGAACGAGUGCUCAACCAAAAUCAAUUAAUCGACACAAUCGAUGUCAACUGCGAUCUAGACGAUACCUUUGCUUUAGUAUCGAAAUCGCCAUCGAUCAAACGAUUCAUUUUCAGCCACAAUAAAGAUAUUACGACAGAUCAGUAUAAGUUGGGAAUAGAUAAUCACGCCACAGGAUUUGCACACGUCAAAUCAAAGAGUUUUAUUUAUAGAGCAGUUGGCUACGCAGCUAAGAUCUACAACGUUUCAGAGAAUCAAGAUGACAAUACAGCUGUGGAAUCGACAUAUCCUCAUCUCAAGUUUUUAUACUAUAGAAUCGAGUCAGUUUCAUCUUACUCUCGCUCUGACGAAUAUUCAGAAUCAGAUAUCGAUGAUUUCGAUUUUAAUGAUGACUCUGAUGAAUAA